CGAGGGGCCACGUCAGCCCCCCUCGUGCGGUGCGGGUCAGGGACCCCACCUCAACGUUCCUCUUUUCCGGCGGCGAAUCAUCCCAUCCGGGCCGGGCUGGGCGGCGCAGGCACAAGAAAACGGAGCGUCGCCCCCUCUCAAAUCCUUCAUCCUCCUCGUCUGCCGCCGCUGCCACCCCCGGAGAAGGAGAUCGCGACGGCUCCGCAACCCCAGGCAAGGCAGGAUAUACACAUAAAUAAAGACAGAGAAAACAACACGAAACAGAACCACCAUGGAUGCCCACAGUUUUCAGGACGAUGAUUAUUUUCAAGAGGACAUGCUGUUACCCGGAGAACAACAGCUUGCAGGGGCAAGCACUUGGGACAUUCUGGCUAGGGUGGACCUCGAGGUCGCGUUCGCCUCCGAGAAGCUCCUAAACCUGGAGGUGCUGGUCAUGGAGAUCGCUCGCCGAGCCGCUGACAUCGAGCCUCUCAUGCGGGAGCCUCAAUCCAUUUCUGCCGAGUUGGUUCACAAGGCUUUCGAAUUCGAUGUCCUCUAUGCCAUCGUAGACUCUGAAACCAAUGAGUUGGAGAAGCUAGUUGCUUCUAUCCAAAUGGCUAUUGCUAGCGCUGAAAGCAAGGUCCCGGAGGAAGAACCAGGGAGCAGCCUCAUGGACAAGCUGCAUACCACAACAGAUUCCUUGAAAAAGAUGCAGGAGCUCAUCUCUGCUAUUAGAAGGGAGUCUGCAACCUUCGAGAAAUCCAUACAGCCUUCGCAAGAUAAUCAAGGAACUGGUGAGGCCAUGGGAUAUGAAGAUGGACACAUGUCAACUCACACCACUAUGCAGGCUGAGGAUCAGAGAAAUGUUCUGCAGAUGUUACAACAGUCUAUAGCAAGUGAAUUAGAUCUUCAACAGAAGUUAUUCGGUUCGCAGUCUUCUGUGGAAGACCUCAAAAUGAAGCUGCAUUACGCGCAACAAGAAUCGUAUUUCUUGGAGGAAUCCAUUGGAGAUCUUUACGAAAGAAUGUUCAUAGCAGAAAAUGCUUCCCAACUGUUUCUUGGAGCCUCAAAGGAACUCAUUAGUACAAUUGAUACCAUCCAGUUCUCUCUGACUGCUUCAAUUCACAGGGAAGGUGAACUUAAAUCAAAGUUAGAGGAAAGCUUGAUGAAAUUAAAUGUCAACCAGAGCACAAGGGAGAUAGUGCCUGGAGACAGUGACAACAAUGGCAGUCAGGAGGCUGUGCAGAUGCAGGUGCUAUCACCACCUGAAUUCUUGACUUUGCGGAAUAAGGUUCAGCAGCUGGAGGAAUGGUUGAGGGACUCCGGUUCUCAUCCGCAGUGGUCACUGCUAUCAAGAGGGGAAACUGAAGAAGUGCAUAAUACAAUGCAGAUUGAGAUAGACCCAUUUGGGAAUAUUAUCAGUGAUCUUAAAAUUGCCAUUACCAAUGCAGAAAGUAGAACACAAAAUGCUGAAGCAAGGUGUACACAGCUCACUCAAACAAAUGUUCAGCUUAGCGGGCAGUUGGACUCCCUUAAAAGUCAGGGUUCAGAUAGGGCUGGCUUAUUGGAGACAAAACUUAAGGAAUCGGACACUCAAUUAGAGCAUGCAAGAGCAUCAGUAGAUGCUAUUGUUGAACAACAGGGUAUGUUAAGAUCUUCGAUGUCUGAUAUGGAACAUAUGAUUGAAGACCUGAAAGAAAAGUAUUUGAAAGCUGAAACCAGGGCUGAGAAUGCUGAAUCAAAAUGUUCAUUGUUGACAGACACUAAUUUAGAGCUUAGUGAAGAGCUAUCAUUUCUGAGAGGUCGAGUAGAAAGUCUAGAAAACUCGUUGCAUCAAGCCAAUCAACUGAAGAUCUGCACUGCAAAAGACAUUUGUAGCAAAACUAAAACAAUCACUGACCUGGUUUCAAAACUUGCCUUGGAAAGAGAACGACUUCAUGCACAGAUCGUUACACUGACAAAAAAGAACAGGAUAUUGGCUAAAAAAUGCAAGGAAAAUGAUAAUGGAGCUGCAUCAUUGAGCAAAGAAGUUACUGCAACUGAAGGUGAACUCAGGCCCCUUAAAGUAAUGGAGGAAGCAUCUCUAAAUUGUUCAACAACACAACCCAAGGUGGCAUCUACUGAUAGCACUCCACAGGAAGAGGUGGAAGCUGAGGAGGUGACUACACUGGAGGAUGAAUCUGGUGCCAGGACACUUGAGACAGUGCGGUCUAUUGAGCCGCUGCAGCUAAAUUGGAAGCACAUUUCCGUGGCAAUGCUGGUCUUGCUUGCUGCUGUUCUUGUGUACCAGCUGUACCAAUCUGAUGACAGAGUUGAACAAUUUCUAACGAAAUUUUUAGGCUAGUAGUAUUGCGUAGAAUAAAAUAGAAGCUAUCUUCUAAUAUCAAUCGUUGCAGAUGCAAAUUUUGGUAGUGGUUGGCUAGUUGUAACCGUUGCAGUUGCAACUUUCUAGUGUCAAAACAUAAUGUUAACUGUGAGAUGACCCUAUAUGAGACCAGAUGCCUUCGAUGCACAGCCAAUGAAAUUCCGCUCCACCCAUUUGUGUGGCC